GCCCUGUUUGAGCAUUAUGUAGAACGACUUUGCUGAUCAUUGUGAUCCCCAGAGCAUGAUCUAAGCAUAAAGUUUUGAUUUUAACCAAUCAGAUGCAGCAGCAAGUGCAGCCACUUUCCUACAGCUGGGUUACUGAUGUCACUACAGCCUUACAUUAAGUGCACAAGUAAACACAUAACAUGCAUAUCAUAUUAAUAUACAUGUGUGGUCCGUCUGUUGGAGGCAUCAGUGAGGUUGAGAGGCUACAGCCUUGUCCGGAUGGAGGAUUGGAGUGUGAGUGUGUGUCGUAGCCCUCCCCCGCCAUCACUUACUCCAGCCUCCAAGUGGAUGCUGAGUGGGAGGGAUCUGUAGCUGCCAGACUGCCAAUGACAAAUGCUUUUGUCCUGCCCUCCUCCGUCCUCUGAGUUAGGGGGGUGUGUUGCUUUUGUGAGGCAAAGCGGAAGUGGUAAUCGUACCGCUGCUCUAAAAAAGACUGCAUGAGCCGGGUGAAGAACGAGGGACUUGGAGUGAGGGAGGAAGCAGAUAAAAUUCUGUAAGGUGUAUUGGAGGAAAACGGUUGCUUACAGGUCAGAGGGCAAAACAUGUUCCCUGGUACUGAAGGGCGUAAUCCACAUGAGGCGUAUUACCUGAACAUUCAAAGGGCGAGAGAGCAAGUAGAGAAGAUGGAAAAUAGUGGAAAACGGAAACUUAAGGUGUGCGUGGCAACCUGCAACCGCGCCGACUACUCCAAACUGGCGCCCAUAAUGUUUGGCAUGAAGGCCAACCAAGAUGUCUUUGAGCUGGAAGUGGUGGUAUUGGGAUCUCACCUUAUUGAUGAUUACGGAAACACAUUCCGUAUGAUCGAACAAGAUGAAUUUGACAUUGGCUCCAAGUUGCAUACCAUUGUGCGAGGGGAGGAUGAAGCGGCUAUGGUGGAGUCGGUUGGUCUCGCACUUGUCAAGCUGCCAGAUGUCCUGCAGAGACUCAGCCCUGACGUGCUGAUCGUCCACGGUGAUCGAUUUGAUGCUUUGGCCCUGGCUACUGCUGCAGCCCUUAUGAACAUUCGCAUUUUGCAUUUAGAGGGAGGAGAGGUAAGCGGCACUAUAGAUGAUUCCAUUCGACAUGCUAUAUCCAAGUUGGCACACUACCAUGCUUGCUGCACACGCAGUGCUGAGCGUCACCUUAUUGCCAUGUGCGAGGACCAUUCCCGUAUUCUACUGGCUGGAUGCCCCUCUUACGACAAACUUUUAACAGCACAUCAACGUGAUGACUAUGCCGACAUCAUCAAAGCUUGGCUGGGGGAUUGUGUCAAGGAGCAAGAUUACAUCGUAGCAUUGCAGCAUCCCGUGACCACCGACAUUAAAAAUUCCAUAAAGAUCUAUGAGUUGAUGCUUGAUGCUCUUAUUUCAUUCAACAAGCGGACAUUGAUUCUUUUCCCUAAUAUUGAUGCUGGUAGUAAGGAGAUGGUACGUGUGAUGCGCAAGAAAGGUAUUGAGCAGCAUCCUAACUUCCGGGCUGUGAAGCAUGUGCCCUUCGAGCAGUUCAUCCAGUUGGUGGCCCAUGCAGGCUGCAUGAUUGGCAACAGCAGCUGUGGUGUACGAGAGGCAGGAGCGUUUGGCACACCAGUCAUCAACCUGGGCACCAGGCAGACAGGCCGAGAGACAGGGGAAAAUGUCCUCCAUGUCAGAGAUGCAGACACACAAAAUAAAAUCUACCAUGCCUUAGAACUGCAGUUUGGAAAGCGAUACCCCGGUUCUAAGAUAUAUGGUGAUGGCAAUGCAGUUCCACGUAUCCUGAAAUUUCUUCAGUCCAUCAACCUGGAUGAGCCACUUCAAAAGAGUUUUUGCUUCCCUGCAGUGAAGGAUUGCAUUUCUCAGGAUAUUGACCACAUUCUGGAGACACAGAGUGCCCUUGCUGUGGAUCUUGGAGGCACAAACCUGCGUGUUGCCAUUGUCAGCAUGGUGGUGCCCACUUCUGAACUUGCCUCAAGCCAAGCUGACUGUCAGGGUAAAAUAGUGAAGAAGUAUACCCAGUCAAACCCAAAGACCUAUGAAGAGAGAAUAGAUCUUAUCCUUCAUAUGUGCAAGGAGGCCUUAGCCGAUGCUGUGCGUUUGAACUGCAGAGUCCUCGGAGUUGGAGUAUCAACCGGUGGCCGAGUCAACCCCAAAGAGGGUGUGGUGCUACACUCCACAAAGCUGAUUCAAGAGUGGAGCUCUGUGGAUAUACGCACACCCAUUUCCAAUGCACUGCAUCUGCCUGUGUGGGUGGAUAAUGACGGAAACUGUGCUGCGUUGGCUGAACGAAAGUUUGGCCAUGGAAAGGGUGUGGAGAACUUUGUCACCAUCAUCACAGGAACAGGUAUUGGUGGGGGGAUUGUGCAACACAAUGAGUUGAUACAUGGAAGCACAUUCUGUGCAGCUGAGCUUGGCCAUAUUAUGGUGUCCCUGGAUGGACCAGAGUGUAUGUGUGGCAGCCGUGGCUGCAUUGAGGCGUAUGCAUCUGGAAUGGCGCUGCAAAGAGAGGCCAAGAGGCUAAAUGACGAAGACCUGUUGUUCACUGAGGGACUGUCUUUGAAAAAAGAAGAACAAGUUAGUGCCAUUCACCUGAUUAAUGCAGCUCGUUUGGGGAACCCUAAAGCGGAUGCCGUUUUGAGAACAGCUGGCUUAGCGUUGGGUGUUGGUAUUGUGAACAUCCUCCACAUGGUGAACCCAUCCAUGGUAAUUCUGUCGGGGGUAUUGGCCGCCUUCUAUGAAAACCCUGUGCAACAGAUCAUCACCCAACGUGCCCUGAGCUCUGCGCGGGACAUCCAAGUGCUCACUUCGGACCUUGAGGAGCCGGCACUGCUGGGAGCUGCCAGCAUGGUGUUAGAUUAUGCCACCCGCAGGACUUACUGACCAUCUGGGCUUAGAGAUUCGUGGACAUUCAUCACCCCUGAAUUCAGUCAUUUCCCCAGGCCUAAGACUGUGUUUUAAUUGUUUUCUGUAAAUGGAUAUGCCUAGACUCUGCGUACCACCUAUACAAAGGCCAACAUAUGCAUACUACAAAGGGUUUCGCAUUUCUGAUGCUUCCGUUUUUGAAUAUGCUCUUAAGUCCGUUGAUCAUCUGAAUCUUUUACUGUUCUUAUUUUACAAAGUGCACCAAAUAUGUCCGUUUUUUCACAGCUAAAUGUUAAGAUUGCCCAAUACGCAUGAACGGCCAUCCGGGUACUUUGCUCGUGAAUGUGCGUUAUCCCCCUUUUUGGGGGAGAACAAACCGAAUGUCUUAUUAACUUGCAUGCUAUAUCGGCUAGCCGAAAUUAGCACAGUCCAUGCUUCAGCCACGGCUUUCAAAAAUGUUUUAGAAAUGCCACUCAUCUUUGUAAUUAAAAUGCCUUUAUUUUGUUGGGUAUAGCAUGAUUAAAAUGAGCGGCUCACUUCCUGACGAAGGCUUCAUGCCGAAACGUGUCGAAGUAUUUUAAUCAUGCUAUACUCAACAAAAUAAAGGCAUUUUAAUUACAAAGAAGAUGAGUGCCUUGGUAUUUCUAAAACAUUUUUUAAAUCAACGAAGCCUGCCACCAAAGAGCACCAUCUUAAAAAACUAGACAGUUCCAAGAAGCACUCCAACUGGACUUCAUUCUUCAGCCACGGCUGUUUGGCUAUAUUAUUUGAACAGUCAACAACACAACACGUCUUCGGCAUGUUGAGCGUGAACAACGCUAGUCUUCAAGUCCCUGUCUUUCGUUUAUUCUUUCCCAACACCACCAAUUGACUUGCAUUGGCUUUUCCCUUAAAGUUUUCCCCCAAAAAGGGGUGUAACGCACAUGGCACACGUCACACUGUUCAUGCGUCUUAGUAGGAUAGGCUACUAAGCCUGUUGUAAUAUUCUUAUGGCUUUUUAAAAUGAUUGCGGUUGAACAUGGGAACAAACACCAGUCAUUCCUGACAGGUGAACAAUGAGAACAAAUAAUUCUGUCAUUGUUAGUGUGAAAUGGUUAAUUACACAUACAGCACCAAACAAAAAAAUAUUUUAAAAAGGACCAGAACUUUUAUACAGGUAGAACUAUAGCUUUACCAACUGCAACUGAGCUGUGACACAUAGUGAUUUGUCUGAGGCUUCCCUCUGAAAUACUGUAUCCUGAUUUUGCGCAGCUAAUUUCAUUCAGUGCCAAAAUUACAGUCAUGUAAUUGAUUAUUGUGUUAUCAAAUGCACAUCUCCAUUGUGUAUGUAUGAAUAUUUUUGCAAUAGAUUUUCCUAUUUACAGUGACCAGUAUCAGACAGGUAAAAUACAAAUGGAAGUAGGCCCAGCAAAGUCUUGGUAACAAGAAAUUUUACAAGACACUGUAGAAACUGCACACUAAAAGGAGUAAAUUGUAAAAGUAACAUGAAAUUGCAUAUGGCAACAUUAUCUUCUAUUGUUGUUGUACCAUGCUACAGCAAUUGUGCACCACUACCAUGAGCAAGUCACUAGGCACAGCACAGUGUUCCCCAACCCUUCUGUUGGAGUCGUGUGGUCCUCAUUAGGCUUAUUCUGACAUAGACCAGCUGUGCCAUAAAUGCUAUGUUGUACAUUACUGGUUUAAAAUGUUGUAGAAGCACCAGGCUAACUCUUGUCAUUAUUUCAGUGCCAUUGUGAUCUUUUGAUCCGCAUUCAUUGUUUAAAAAACCUUAGGUCAAAGUUAAAAAAUGACUGUUUGAACAUUGAAUUGUUUUCUAUUUUUCACGGUUCCCUGUAUACACAAAAUACCAGGAAAUUUGAGAAGAGAUAUGGAAAUGUAAGUGUAGUGCAUAUUCAUGUUCUAAAUUUCUUCAGUGCCUAAUAUAAUUUAAUGAUGGAGACUGUCAAAUUUGUAUAGAGUGGUACUAUGCAUUUUACAAUAUAUAAUAUAUUUGCUUGCAUGCAAUUUUGAAGAGCUUAUUUCCCCUUUAUAUAUUAUGCACCAUUGUUUCAAUCAGUUCGUUUGAGUUUGUUUGAUUGCAUUAUAAUCACUUUUUUUAAGUCAUUCCUUGAUUCCAAUGAAAUAAGAUAAGUAAUUGGUCUACUGUCUUGCACCUCCCCUGCUUAAUCAUACUGUCUGACUUUUUAUUGUUUUCAUCAAAUAUGUAGUGUCCUCCACUGAUAAUUAAAAUGUGCAUGAAGCGAA